AUGACCUCCCCCGACUCGCCCCUCGCCUCCCCGCCCGCCUCGCCGACGACCGCGACGUCGAAUACCAAACGCCUCUCCGUCGGCGACGUCGCGCACCUCUUCCUCAAGCUGCGCCCGCAGGCGCACGGGCCGAGCAUCACGAGCAGCUCAGGGCCCGAGCCGCACACGGACGCCGCGCUGCGCGACGACGCGGGCGUGCGUGCCAAGCGCCUCCCGCUCGCGCAUGCGGAGACGUUCGUCUGCGCGGGCGCGGUCGACGUGCCGAAGCUCCUGCGCGCGAGCAGGGCCGCGCUGCUCGAGCGGGUGGGGAGCCUCGGUGCGAAUUGUCUGGUUGACGAGCGAUGGACGUGCACCAUUCAUCCCACGUCGAAGAGCGGGAGCCAUGGGACGUAUAAGGUCCACAUCACCUAUGAAGCCUGUGCAGCCCGCACGUCCCGGCGCGACCCCGGCAAGCCGCCCGCGCUCGACAAGGCAAAGGGCGUCCCAGGGCUCAUGACCAUCCUCGAGCGCCAGCAAUGA